ACUGGCAACGCGCACUGAUCCGCGGCAGUUCCGCACGAGGCGCUACUAUCCUCUUUAACUAUCGGUGGAUUCGUUGACAAGGAGCGUGUGAGUUGUGUGUAAACAUUGAACGCCCAUUAAAUAAUCGAGAAAUAACAUUGCAGUUUCAUAACAUCCGGAUAACGGUAAUUAUUGGCUUCCGUGAAUCCGUGAUUCGAAAUGACAAUCGCGUACACUCUUGCUUGACGUGCGUGAAUACGGCGGUGAGUAGGAGGACAAUUUCGUUGAACAAGGAAAAAGGGAGAAUGCGGAGACUUUCGAAAAAACGACGAAAGGAAGUAGGUACUGAAAAAAUAUACCGAAGAAAAGGAAAGAAAUGAUCCUCGUAUUAGGGAGUUAGUUGGCUAAAGAUUGUGGAUGGAAAGUUGACGGACGGUGCUGUCCGUUGUAUCGUUAACAAAUGAAAAACACACGCUGUGUUAUAUGGGGUGAAUGUUCGUAGUGCACAAGUGGGGGACAAAAAAAGAGGACGAUGAACACAAUAUACCCGAAGUGCGCGUGAUCGUAAUUUCACAGUGCACGAAGAACCGCACACCUUCAUCAAUUUCCAUUCACACCUCCCAUAUUAACGAAGUUGAUUUUUUCUGUUUGAUGAAAAAAUGAAUUCUUAAAAUUGACAAAUAAUAACAACAUUCAUAUAAUAUAAAAAUACCAAAAUAAAUUGUCCUAAUAAAAUAAUGAUCGUUAAAUAUGAAAAAUUCGACCAUGAUGAGCGAUAAAAACGAUAAUGAUAAUUAAAACUAUUAAAUAAAUUGAAGAGGCAGUGUUUCAAACAGUUGAAUAUAUUUCGAGAGAUGGAGAAAAACGUGCUUUCGUGUUUCGUAUUAUUAUUUUGUACCGUGACUUGGAUAACGUGUCUCGAAAUAAAAGAAGACAAAGAAAAUUUGAAAGAUAUCUCGUUACCGACGAGCGCGACUCAUCAUUUAAGGGCCGUUCAUCAUUCAGCGACGAAUGAAUCCGCCGUUAUUCCAACGGAGAAGAGGAGCUCCGUCGAUUUUCAUCGAAUUUUCGAUUUAUGGAAUCCGUUGGUGUUGAUCGACGUUUGGAAGAAUAAAAAGAGGGAUUUUCAAGUUUCGGAACGAUGCUUCGAGGAUUUUUCGACCUUUCUUGACGGACUCGAGUCUUCGACGAGUUGGGCUUUCCGAAUGUUGGAUGCCAGUGGACGACACAAUUGGGGCCUGUUCUCGGGCAGCAAAUAUUGGAUAGGUGCGUCCGAUCAGUGUCGGCAAAUGGACCAUGAUUUCACGGAGAUCGUAAAAAUAAAUCGAACCGGAGAAUCGCAUGUUAAACCCGAUAUUCCACCGUUUCGGGUUUCGGUGAAUUCGGUCAAACUCGUACUCGAUAUUCUUCAGCCCGGCAUAAGCGGGAGCCACGAUAUAACGAUUGGAAUUUGUACACCCUCGAGUUGCCGACCUCGCGAUCUCGAACGAAUCAUUCAUUUUUCCUCGAAUGAAAUGUUUCCUGGCCUGCCGAGAAGGGUGACGGUUCGACACGUGAGAAAUCUUUCGGAAGGAUACGAUCUGUGGGACGAUCCAAUAUUCUACGUUAUUUCUAUCUCCGUGGUCCUGGUGAUUCUUCUGGUGACUUUCGGAACUAUGUACGACUUGGCUCUCCGCUAUCGAGUUCUCAACGGGGAAGAAAAUGUCCGAGAAAAGAGAAUGAAGAACAACGAGAGCGAAGAAGACGGCAGAUGCGUUGAAGGAGCGAGAACAACGGGGUCGAAAAUUAAUUUUGAGGGGGAAAUUACAAUGUCGAAACUCUGGUCAAUCGAGCAACACAAUGGAUCUCUCGACGUGUGGAACGCCAAAGACGUGCCCCGACCGUUGUCCGAAGCUCUUUUAUCGUUCAGCCUCCUCUUGAACGUCUCGAAACUCGCGAGUUUGGACGUCGGCACCGACACACUCGCACCCAUCCAUGGCCUGCGUUUCGUAUCGAUAAUUUGGAUCAUUUUGGUCCACACUUGUCUCAUGGUGAACGAAGUGGCAGACAACAAGAUGUUUCGCUCGAAAGCCGAAGAAGACUUUCUCUAUCAGACAAUCAGCAACGGAACUUACGCCGUUGAUACAUUUUUCUUUAUAAGCGGUUGCUUGGUCUCGUUUCUCUAUUUUCGUACGAUAACAAAAGAGCGAAUAAGAGAGAAGAAAAUAACACAAGGAUUCUCUGGGAAAAUAUUGCAAUUUUUGGGGAUGAUGUCGUAUCGUUAUUUUCGUUUGACACCACCUUACUUGCUGGUCAUCGGACUUAUCCAGAUUUCCAACAAAUGGUAUCACGAUCAUUCGGUCAUUGAAUUGACGACUCUCGAUCACGAGACCUGCGAGAAAUUUUGGUGGCGAAACGCCCUUUACAUCAACACGUAUUUCGAUAUGGAUGAAAGGUGCAUGGUCUGGAGUUGGUAUCUGGCAAACGACACACAAUUUUAUACGAUCGGAACAAUCGUACUCAUUAUCGGCGCAAGUUUCGUAUCGGUCGCGGCAGCCAUUGCGAUUGUCAUUUUAAUUGCCUCCUGGAUCACUACAGCUGUGAUUACUUUGAACACGGGACACUUACCGACAAUUGAAGAACCGUUCGCUCACUACGAGAGUCUCUACGACAAACCGUGGACGAGAAUCGGGCCUUAUUUAAUUGGAAUGGCGGCUGGAUGGUAUCUUUGCAAGAUCGAGUGUAAAUUGAAAAUGAAUAAAAUCGUGGCGCUCGUUGGAUGGAGCCUCUCAAUCGUCACGCUGCUGAGCAUAGUUUACGGACUUUAUGGCAACAAUUUUGAUCCCGUAUCGUCCGCCCUUUACACAGCUUUGUCUCAUUCGGGCUGGGCUCUCAGUGUCGGAUUCGUAAUGAUCGCUUGCGUCACCGGCAACAGUGGAGGGAUCGACAAAAUUUUAUCAUGGAAAUACAUUUAUCCCCUUUCGAGAUUGACUUACUGCGUCUAUUUGGUCCAUCCAGCAUUGACGAGAGCGAUGAUUUUACGCGGCGAGAGCUCUUUCCAUCUGACUCAAGGAUUUGUGGCUAUUUUAUUCUUAGGAAUCGCUGUCGCGUCUUACGCAGUCUCACUGAUAUUGAGUCUUCUAUUCGAGGCUCCGAUGGUGUCCUUGCUAAGAAUCGUUCACCCUCUUCGUCAAUGGAAACAGGAUUGAUGCGCCUAGCUGCCUUAUCGCUGCGAUUUCUUUUCAAUUUUCUACUAAUUAUAUAUCAAGUCUUUAUCAAAUCGAUCACGCGGAGAAUAAAAAAAUAUCUCUUCCUCGAA